UUCUAUCCUUGCCGGCCACCGUAGGGGGAGGUUUGGAACCCAAGAUGGCAGCAGGACGUUCCAUAGACCGGUGACCCUGGCAGGGCGCCUCUAGUUCUGCCAUGGCCAACAGUUCACCUCAGGUGCCUUCAGGGCAAAGGCAGAGGGUGGCCAAGUCCCAGCGCAAGCGGCCACAGAGCGUGGUGGCCUGGCAGAGCAAGGCCGAAUGGGACCAAGUGAUGGUGGGGCUUUACUGCGGAGACUGCCAGAUGCAGCAAGCGGCGCUGGACCGAGUGUCUGUUUGGAAAAGCAGAUAUGGACACAGGAUGCCAUUGGCUGUGGAAUCCACUGCAGAUCUGGUUCGGUGUAAACUUCUAGAUGCCUCUGGCAAUUUGAAGUCCCAUGAACUUGUCCUCACAUAUGGCCUUGCUCUUGUCAGGUUUUUAAAUCUCAUCACAGAGCGAAAGCAGAAAAAAUUCACCACGUCCUUAAGAUGGCUGGCGAAAGAGCUGGACAUCCCAGUCUGGAUUGUGGACCUUCGUCACGAACUGACCCACGGCAAACUUCCCCCUUUGGUUACUUGUCAGAAAGGCUGCGAUGUCGUCCUGGAGUGGCUCCGCCGGACGUACUGGAGCCGACAGCUGGGCAACAACAUGGCUGGGGGAUGCGAGGAGGAAGAAGAGGGCGAAGAAGAGUCGUCGGCAACAGAGAGCGGAACAGACAGCAGCCGAGAGGAGCCUGAGAAAUCCCAGUCACCAGGUUUAUGGAAAAACCAAGAGCUCCAUGAGAAAGUCAUAGAUGUUUUGAUGUCUUACAAGAACCAGCAAUAUAAGAUCCUACAUGAGUUGGAGACCAUUGAAGAGGCCUGUGAAGUGUGGUGUAGCUCCUCCUCAGAGGUGGAGUGGGUUGUAGCCCAAAUGAACGACUUCCUGCAAGAGAAUAGGGAGGUUGUGGCUGGAGCUUUGCUGGACGACGGCUUCCUCAUCCCAACCUUAGAAGACCUGCAGAUCUUGGAUAUCAGCUCUCAAGCAACCAAAGAGUGGGAUUUCAAAAUCCCUUGGCGGUUUUUCUCCUUCUGGCUUCUCCUGCUGAAGGGCCUGCAUUGCAAGGACUUCACGCAGACGCUGCUGGAAAAGAUGUUUGCAGAGCUGAAGAGGCACGGACGGGACCCGGACCUUCGCUCGCGAUACCUCACCCGCUGGAUCUCCAAAAUCCUGAAAACCAACAUGCAAACCAAGAAGAAACGGAACAAGCACUCUUUGGCGCUCUUUCGCCGGCCCGUUCCAUUGCAAUGGCUGAAGCUCCUGGAAGGCUGCCUUGAGGCGCCCUGCUGGGCCAGCCCCCACCUCCUCCACCUGAUCCUGUCCAGCAUGGAUCCCCCUUUGCCUCCAGACUCCCAGGAGAAGCUCCUCUACCUGACUUCCAUCUACACCCAAGAAGAAGCCGCCCGGCCCAGCCCUGGCUCCGCUGUGGACCUUCAGAAGCAGCCUAUUUACACAAUGGAGAGUUUGCAGUUCAAGCUGAAGCACGGCGGGAAUGGCAGAAGGGCCGGGAGGCAAGCGAUGGGCCUGCAGAGUGUUGAAGAAGAAGAAGGGAUGGAGGAGGAGGAAGAAGCGGAGGAAGAAGGCGGGGAAAAUGAGGAGGAGGAGAUGGACGCCCAGGUAGCACCUCCGCAAGAGCCUUACUUCACGGAGAAUGCAGCAACUUUAGCUGAGAAAAGGAUGGCCUUACAGGGAUCGGCCUGGCAGCUUAACACAGAUGGGGUGAAAUGGAGGAACUUCCCUCUGGGCCGGCUGCCUGGCCAAAGUGAUGACCCCGACACCCUCUUGGUGGACAACUACACUUUGAUCACAGGACCGGACCAGCUAGUGAAACAGGACAAGAACAGCUCUUCUGGCGUGACGUCUUCUGAAUGGGGAGGAGCCUCGGCAGCGGAAGGACUCCUGUGGACUCAGAGUCAGCUCCAUAAGUUGAAAAGUGGCCUCCAGCUCUACUAAGAAGGGAGGCUUUGCUUCAAUAUCCACAGAAGUACACCAGGUGUGUAAAGUUGCUCCCUGCUGCAAGGGAAAGAGAAAAGAUACCUAUGUCUCCUUAAGAAUAUUCCAAAAACAGUUCCUAGUUCAUUCAUUACACUGAAGUGUUGUUUACCUGUAAAUGACAGCAAGAUAUUGCCCAUAAAGUGACCAUGUUAAGUGUUUCUGAUCUGUAACUCUUCCCCACUUUUAAAACUGGUUCUUUAUAUUAAUAAAAUAUCAUCGGUUGUUAA